UAUUAAUGGAAGAUAAAUCACAAACACCAGAUUUAGUAGUAGAGGACCCACAAGUAACUCAAACUGAAAAACCUGAAAUCGUUGAUGCGGAAGGUAAUACUAGCACCAAAGAUGACGUCAAUUUUAAAAAUCAGGAACCUGAAGUAAAAGAAACCUGAAUUCAGGAAAAAUUGAUAUAUUAUUGCUCUUCAUUUGAUCUUAACGUCAAAGAAUGGUAUACUGAGUAUGAGAACGUUGAAAUAUUUAAAAAGAGAAUGAAAUAAACUAGGCCGCAAAUGGAUCAAAUUGGUUUACCAAUCGGUUGAAACAACAUCUCAGAUUUCCUCUGAGUCAGCAAAUGAGAGCGAUGAACUCUAUAGUGAGGAGACUGAGGAUAACAUUAAUUCUCACUGUUUAAAUGUAGCCACAGAAUACUACCUAAUCUCGACGAAAAAGAAAGAAGAGGACUCGUUCGAUGAGUUCCAUAUGGGCCUUAAGGAAUACUUCAUCAAGAAGGGAUACAUUAUAGUGGACGAACCGCUUUUUGAAUCUCUUGCCCAUACUUUCCAUAUUCUGGCUGAAACAGAGCAAGAAAAUAUCUCCAAGAAGAAGACUGCUGAUGAAAAGUUCGAGAAAGAGUACAGAAAGACCAAGAAAAGAGACAAGAAAAUGGAGCAGAAGCACGUUCGCACUGAAGAAGAGAAUCAAAAUAGUGCUGAUCCUAAACUCGUCUCCAAAUCUAGACAUAAAAGAUAUAAAACUAUGAUUCCUGGAUAUAAUAUCAUUAAGAAAAGAAUUAUAACACCUCUCUUGCUAGCCUCAGAGAGGGUUGUGGAGUACUGUACUCCUAGCCAGGCUGACCAGAAGGAGAAUGAGGCUGUUGAAGCAGAGGCCUAUGAGGAUUCUCAGCUAGCUGACAAGUUAGCCAAGCUUUCUCUUGAUGAGAUAGAGAAAAGAAAUAGAAAACGCAAGAUAAAGUCACUUCGGAAAUCAAGCAAAAAUUUCAACAUUUCAAAGAGUCUGGUUGAUAAGGCAUCUGAUUGUGUGGAUUUCAUUAGUGAAAGGAUGCCGGUUGAAUCGAAGGUAACCAGGAAUUUUGUAACCAAUAUGAUUGAGCUCUCAGAUAGCGCUAUUAAUAGAAUUUCUCAAAGUUGAGAGGGAAUUGAUAGUUCUGAGAGCAAUAACAUCAACAUGAGAUUCAUUAAACCUUCUAAAAAGUUCUAUAACCUCCUGAUGUCUGUGUGGAUAAAAAUGGACACGACUAGUAUAUUUGAGCUAACAGAAGAACAGUUCACCGAAAAUGUUAAGCAAGCACUAGAACAAGAAAAUAUCGCAUGGUCUGAUGCUUACUUAGAGCCAACAAUUACCUUCUAUAACGUUGCUCGGGAAGAAUUUAUGACCUUGUACCAGACUCAAAAGGAUGAGUCAUCAGACCAGGACAUGGAGCCUGGCAACUUUAUUUUCUCUGUAACCAGAUUUUUCGCUUCAAUAAAAUCAACCCUCCUCGAAAUGUGGCACUCCGAGAUUGUCCAGAAGAGUGCUGAGUUCACUUCCGCAUCAGCUGCUGAUGAGCAGUCAGAAGAAAGCCAGGAAGAGCAGAAAAGGCCUUCUGGAGAAUUGUAAAUAUACUAACACCGACAAUUCAUGGAACUAAUUUAAUUAAUUGAAGAAUAAUCAAUGGGUU